UCAGGGAUCAAUCACCACUUCAACCAUCAUCGUCGCAUCUCUUAACAUAAUAAGACGCAUUAACUGCCCGACUGCUUCUCCGCGCCAACAUCGCCAGCCAUUCGCCGCAUCUCCAUUCCCAUCCCUCCAAACACACAAACACACAGUCAACAGACGCAAUGGCGCAAACACCCCAGCAAAGGCGAGCGAACCUUAAGUUCCAGAAGGACCAGGAGGCCCGUCGUGGAAAAUCCGAGGACCAAAUCAAGAAGCGCGUAGAAAAGGCGCCCAAGUCCCCUGUCUCAAUGUUUUGGCUCGUUGUCCUCGGCUUUGUCGUAUUCGGCGGUCUCGUUUUCGAAGUUCUUUCGCGUCUAUUCCUCAACUAAGCACGGGGAUACUACCGUGGUCAUCGCAAAAUGAUCACCAUCCUUUCCAACCCACCGAUAUUAGACAGGCUGUCUAUAACUACGGUUGCUUAGCAGUACGGAGGAAUGAAACGAGCUGUCGAGGGCUGAAGAAAUACACUGCCCCUGACGCCGAUCAGGAUUGGCCAAUAAACCCGAAGAGCAUGGGGGAAGCUGUCACGAUGACAUCCGCAUAAGCAAUAUGGGAGCAGGAGAAUGCAAGAGGAGGAAGGGACAGAAGGGAAAUCUUUUGAGCGCUUGGUUUGAGCGAAAGCGCAUGUAACAGACACACACACACACACACACACACAUAUAUAUAUAUACCACGGGUAAUACGGGCAAUGAAAAAGGAGCCAGGGAACUGAUUUGGAGGUCAUGGAAACAGAACAAAGGGCAUUCUUUCCCCCAUUUUCUGCUAGCAGCAAUUAGCUUGAACUCUUCAAAGCCAAACAUUGUUGCAAACCAACAACUGCA